AUGAGUUUAGUUAAACAAGUUCCAUUUGGCCAAACUGGCAUUAAAAUAUCGCCAAUAAUUGUGGGUUGCAUGUCCUUUGGUGACCUUAAAUGGCAGUCUUGGACGAUAGAAAAUGAGGAUAAAGUAUUCGAAAUUUUAAAGUAUGCAUACGAUCAUGGUCUAAGAACUUUUGAUACGGCAGAUGUUUACUCUAAUGGUAAAAGUGAAAGACUUUUAGGAAAAUUUUUAAAAAAAUAUAAUAUCAAAAGAGAGACUGUCGUUAUUAUGACAAAAGUAUUUUUCCCUGUUGACGAAGAUAUGCAAGUGACUUAUGAAACUAUGAAUAAGGGGUUAGAUACUGCCGAAGGUAUUCAAUUAGCUAACCAAAGAGGCCUUUCACGUAAACAUAUCAUUGCUGGUGUGAGAAAUUCUGUAGAAAGAUUAGGUACAUACAUUGAUGUCUUACAAAUCCAUAGAUUGGAUCACGACACACCAGUGAAAGAAAUCAUGAAAACUUUGAAUUGGGUUGUUGAACAAGGUUAUACAAGAUAUAUUGGUGCAUCCACUAUGCGUGCAACUGAAUUUGUAGAAUUACAAAUGAUUGCCGAUAAAUAUAAUUGGUUUCAAUUUGUUAAUUUACAAACACAAUAUAACUUAUUAUAUAGAGAAGAUGAAAGGGAUUUGAUCCCAUUUGCCAAAAGACAUGGCUUGGCUAUGACCCCAUGGUCACCAAAUGCAGGUGGUCAAUUAACUAGACCUGUUUCCAAGCAAAAAGAUACUGAAAGGGGAUCAAAAGAUGCUUUCUUCUUACCUAUGACAGAUGCAAAUGUUGAGAUCAUUAAUAGGGUCGAAAAAAUUGCCAAGAAAUAUAAUGUUUCAAUGGCCAUAGUUUCUACAGCAUGGGUAUUAAGUAAGGGUUUCUAUCCAAUUGUAGGAAUUAAUUCUAUUAAAAGAGUAGAGGAUGCAAUUGAGGCAUCUAUGAUUCAAUUAUCUGAGGAUGAUAUAAAAUACUUAGAAGAACCAUAUAAACCAUCUGAAUAUUUACUAUAUUGA